CGCAGAAUCGUGAUCAGUCGCGUUAUAUCCGAUCAAUAUGCAUUCGUGCACUGACUGAGUAAUAAGUGAGUAUCCGGUACGCGAGUAAUAAGUAAGUGCAAUAACGAGUGUCCGGGGCAAUGUAACGGUCGACGGCGGCAUCGACGGCGAUUUGUGGCGUCGACGAGUGUUUGUGAACGUGUGCAUGGACGAUGAAGAAGUAUGCCUUCGCAUUCUCGAAAAAUCUCGAUCGACGCCUUUCCCCCCGUGAUCAAGUCGCACGAGAUCGAGGAUGACUCUUCGGACGCUCUUGGAAUAUUUUAAGAGACGUCAGGAUCGGCCGAUCGAGUGUUUUAGCAGCGCCCCGGCUCACAAAGAAAAUCUGCGUCACUCAGUAGUCUCGUGUCGAUCUUGAAGCGUGGAAUGUCCCCCCAGGUCCCGGCGUUUCACAUGAGUGGACGGUAGGAAGCCAGGUGGUGAUGGAUCCGAUGCUCGUCUGUAAGAAGACGAGAAGGUUGAAGGGGAAGCUCGCCGAUAUCUGUCGCAAGGAGCCGUCCUUGCUGAAGGAAAUCGCGAGAGGUGUUCAAGUCGGUACGAAGGAAUGUCAGCAUCAAUUCCGAAAUCGAAGGUGGAACUGCACGACCGUCAGGAGAUCCCUCAAGAAGAUCUUGCUGCGCGAUACGCGGGAGACGGGUUUCGUGAACGCCAUCACCGCCGCCGGAGUUACUUAUGCGGUUACCAGAGCCUGCACUAUGGGUGACCUCAUGGAAUGCUCCUGCGAUAAGAUGACGAAGGGUAAUCGUUUGGCGAAAUUCGCGCGCACGGCCGAAGCGAAGAAAAGUUUGCCAACCGAGGGAGACUGGGAAUGGGGAGGAUGCGGCGAUAACGUGAACUUCGGCUUCAAGAAGUCGCGGGACUUCAUGGAUGCGCCUUAUCGAAAGCGAAGCGAUAUCAAGACACUGGUGAAGCUUCACAACAACGACGCUGGCCGACUGGCCGUACGAAACUUCAUGCGGACCGAGUGCAAGUGCCACGGGCUCUCGGGCUCGUGCACGGUGCGCACUUGUUGGCGCAAGAUGCCGCCGUUCCGAGAGGUCGGCAACCGCCUGAAGGAGUCCUUCGACGGCGCGGCCAAGGUCAUUCCCAGUAACGACGGCCACAGCUUCAUCACCGAGGGUCCCACGAUCAAGCCGCCCGGCAGAUUCGACCUUAUCUACAGCGAGGACUCGCCGGACUUCUGCAAGGCGAACCGGAAGACCGGCUCGUUGGGCACGGCCGGUCGCCAAUGCAACGCGACUAGUCCCGGGGUCGACGGCUGUGAGCUCCUCUGCUGCGGCAGAGGCUACGACACGAGAAUCGUCAAGGAGAAGGUCAACUGCGGCUGCAGGUUCCACUGGUGCUGCGAGGUCACGUGCAACACGUGCCUCGUCAAGAAGACCGUCCACAGUUGCCGUUAACACGAUGACGCGUAAGUGGCCGAACUUUCAGGGUAUCGAUGUGCACAACGUCGCGACAGCGUCGAGGAGCGGAUUCACGCGCGAUCGGUGGAUCUCUGUGAGCGUUCGAGGGUGGAUAAUGCCGGGAGAAACGAUCGGUAUUCUUUCUUGCGCAAAUGACACGUUACGGACGAAGGCGAUGAUCGAAGUGGCUGAAGGGUGAGAAGCUCGAUUGCUGAAAACACGCGUAUUCAUUUGACGACAAGGAGGAGUAAUCCGCGAUCGACGUUCUCAUUUAUUCGUUCGACAUUAUCGGUAUCUCUAUGUGAUAUGUAACGUUGUUAUUUCCUCUACUUGUUGUAACAGUUAGGUUCGUUCGAUAUGUACCCACGCGUACACUGAGAGAAAAAUAUAUGAUGUUUGCAACUAUAUCAUCAUAGCGAACGAAUUAUAGUCGGAGAAGCAUUUUUCUAGUAAGUAUCACUAUAGUGUCAGUGAUAAUAACCUUACAUGCUGCUAUUAUUUUUGCAGUUAAAACCAUAAAAAGGGUAUAGUUGAGAUCGGAAAUAAUUUCUCUCGGUGUAUCGACUGGCGUGCGUAAAGCGCGUUUGAUCGUCGAUUGUAAUCAAGUAUAAUGUUCUGCUACGUAUAAUAGUGGACAUACGUUGUCCCGCAAAGUCCAAGUCUUGAAACUUGAGAAGAGGAAUCAUUUUCCGAAAAGUUACAAUCCCAAGAACUGAGUAUGAGAUGAUGCACUUACAAUUUGCACGGUCGUAAAUUCCUUUCAUGGUUCGUGUGCUACUAUCUUUUUACUGCUCCUUGUUCGGGGGAUCGCUCUUCGAUUGUCAGUAUCAAUAUUGAUUUUCUACCGACGGAACGAUUCAGCUGCUGAUUUAAAAUAACAGCCGUCAUCAUACACCAACAAUAUUGAUUACGCCAUCGACAUUCGGAGAAAACUUCACAUUAACUGUCACAUUAUACGUAUUGUGUCUUGUAUGUUUUACAUAUUGUAUGUCUUACUAUUACAUAACUUUGUAAAGCAACUUUAUGCUUCCAAUAUUUCGGGAGAUUAUCGAGUUUUCGGAAAAAUUGCAUGCUUUCAGUGUUUCAGCAAAAUUGUAUUUCGAGAGAUCAUCGAGGUACUCCAGUUUUCGGGAUUGUGACUUUUCGCGAAAUUGUCCCUCUUCUCGCACUUCGGAACAUUUUUUUCCGGGACAACGCAUAUCCAUCCGUAUAAUAACGUCUCUGUGUAUAAUAUAUCAAUGUCUAGGAUACGGCUUGAUCGUAUAGGAUAUUCGACGACGAGUGUUCGGGCGACAUGUGAUUUACGAUUUUCUCGCGAGUGCACGCGUCUAGACUAGGUCUAGGUUACUGAUAGAGAUACACAAGAUCUCCGAGGAACAUUUAUCGCGCGCUCUGACGCGCGCGAGAAGCGGGAUCGAGGACAGUCGUCAGUAGUGCAUGCGCGAGCCAAGUCAGACGCGGGUCGCGCGAUGCGACCGUACGCGAUUCGUCGCGUUUAACGAGACAGCUCUCGUGUCUCUGAUUGCUUGUACGGCUACGAGUUAUUAGCGACUGCGUAAGACCUACACGCAGCCUUGGCGUCUAAUAUUAACGAUGGAAAACGUAGCAUGUGUGCGAUUCUAGCUCCGAACCGAGAAGUCCCGUCGAAGUCCUGUAAAAAUUAAGCCCAUUAAAUGUGAAGUUUAACCCUGAGAAUAAAGACCAUAUUCUACAAUGGCGUGAAGUAUGCAGUAAGAAAGAAGCAAUAAGCUAAUUGGCCAAUUGGAUUUUUACGGUCUAAGAAUAAUCAACUGUGGUUGGUCGAUAAAUUUACCGCUUACGUUUUAUUGCGUACUUUACGCCGUUAACGGCCGCGGUCUUGACGCUGAAAUAACAUUAUAGAUCUCUCAGGCCUACAUCGCAAAAAACAAAUGGUAAAAAUUGUGGCUUUUGCAUCUUGAUCUUUUAUGAAUUAUUAAGUUUAUCGCCAUUCUUUAUUUAUUGCCUUUGUAAACCGGUUGCCGCUGGGAAACCAAUUAUCUCAUUGGAUCAAGCUGAUGAUAGCGGUGGUCACAUGAACCCAACUUUUUUUCCCGAGUAAUAGAAGAAUAGAAAUGGGAAGUAGUAUCUUGCAUAAAAAAACGUGGAAUAGGCGAAAAAAAAACGCGUGCAGGCCUCGCAGACCUAACAUGUUAUUCUGUCAGAGUUAGUGAAAAUCUUACGGCUCGGUGUCAGCAGUCUGCGGGUUUGUAGUCGAAGGUUUUUACUAUUACGAUGAUCAGGCCGAUUCUGGGUGUCUCGAGGUCUCCUCGACUAAUAAUGGCGCGGAUGAAAAGAGUAACGUAACGACAGUUUGGCCUGAAUAUAUUUUCUUCUAAUCGGCUAUGCGUAUCAUUAGCCCAGGCAGCUAUUUUCGACAAUCGGUAAGACAGCAGCGAGAGAUCUUGUCGACGAAAAUUGUAGUAAGGGAAGAAUCUAUUUUUUAUAUUUAUUUCUUAAGAGCGGAUGUGCGGUCAAUUUUGGAUGUGUCUCAACGCGAACGAAUCGUACCGGGGCGGAAUUUGGGGCGAGCUAAUCGCUUUCCUUUCUGCUACGUAAAACCGAUCCCCGGCUAUGUAGGAUAGUUAUUAUCAGUAUCGCCUACGUCGCGCGCGGGGCGAUUAAUUUCAUUAAUUCGGGUGUCGAAGCUUUCCACGUAUCUCCAAUGCUCGUAAUACACUUUAAGACGUACGUAUAAGUCGUAUGAUGAAUUUAUAUAAAGCGUACCCGUCGCUAGGUGUCGUAAUCAUGGAUAUCUAUGGAAUACCUAGAUUGCUAGCUUCUUUGUUCGCGAGCGGAAAAGUGAACACACCAGAAAUUGUGUAUUAUGACAUGCGUGGAAUAACGAACAUGUAUAUCUUAUCGUCGUUGUAAGUCGAUGUAUCUAUGUGUGCCUACAGGGAAAAAUAAUUUUGCUAGUGAAAACACCGUUGCUACUGCAUAUUCGUCGAAACAGUGAUAAAAUUUAGUCAGCAAAGCCAAAUAAGCGAAUUAUUUGUAAUUAGAGCAGAAACAGUUUUGUCGCCAAGAUAGAAAAUAUUCUACCUAGUGAAUUUGGACACGUUAAUUUGCUGUUAGAACAAGAUGGUUUUUCUACGUUUACUAACUUGUUCUUACAGCGAAAUCAUUUGUAGAUUCAACAAAAUAAUCCAGCGAAUGGCGAUUAGUAUUCUUAAUAAAUCGUUUAUCGCUGUCCACAUAGUAACUGACGGAUUUUGUUUCACACAAAAUUCGCUGAACCAGCGAAUUAUUUUUCUCCGUGUACCGGCACAUACAUGACAUUCAACCAAUCGGAAAAUGACUGUCACACGGAGAAAACCAUUCCGUUGGGACAAUUGAAUUUUCCGUUGCCUGGGGACCAAACGAAAACUCCAUUGUAGGAUCAGAAAGAUUCCUGUAGUAAGUUUCUGCACAGUCAACUGCUCUCAGUCGUCCGAACCGAGUUUUAGUGCAACAGAAUGCGAAUGUUCUCGCAUUCUGCGGUGACGAGAUGUCGCUUCUCGUCACUGACGUGUUUUCCCUGUUGCAGGAACCGAGCUUUUUUUUUCCGUGCACAUACUGCGUAUACAGACGACGAAUGCGCGAGAUAUUUGUACAUAUGUUUUUCAGCCGUGUAUUUCGGCCGAGUUAGCAGUCUAGUUGUUCUACAGAUAGACAUCAUCGCAAACAGACGUGGUCGUGACACGCCGGCGUUCGCAUAGUAACGUCCGGCGAAUUGCUUCUCCGCUUUUGAAACGCCUCCAGGUCGGACUGCCGAUGCUACUUCCCGAGCCCCACGGUCAAUUUGACGUCAUGGGCAAGGAAAAUACGCCACCGUGACGUUACACGUUACACGUCGAAUCGAAUUCCUUCCGUAAACGAAACGUCGAUUACACAGCCCGAAUUCUCCCGGGGCUCGGGGGACUGCGCUCUCGGGCUUUGCAUAUCCAAGUAUGUUGCUUUUGCCGUCGCGUGACAUAAGCUUUGUGCCAUACGUUGCGAUUCGAUCGAUCGACGCUUUGGCCACGCGUGCGCCGCGCCCCGCUAACGGAGAGGCGCACGCGAGGUUCCUUCGUUUCUCGAGUAAUCGCUCCUUAUCGGUCCUCGAGUCUCACCGCGUUUCAUAAAACUUUCUCUCUUUUGUAUACAUAAGACUGAGUAAUCGAAGUUUGCGCUGUCACGUGAUACGAGUUAGAUACGAAUAAAAUUAUGUUCACGCGCGAAUCUCGUCUGUUACGAUUAAGGGUUUGUCGAUUUGUUCGCCGAUGAGCGAUGAUCGUGCGCAGUCUUAAGGCCAAAUCACACCUAGCGAUUGCCGACCGGAUUGCGAUUGACGAUUAUAAAAUAGAGCAUUUCUAAAUGACAACCAUUAAUCUCAAUAGGUAGCCGUUUUGCUCUGAUUGGCUGCAAAGUAAUCGCCAAUCGCCGAUCGUAAUUCAAUCGGCAAUCGCUAGGUGUGAUUUAGCCAUUAGGGCGAAGAUA